UGGUAAGCAGUUAGUGAAAAAAAUAAUCAAUUGAGCAUGGGAAGUACGAUAUUAAUUAUGCUCAUUCCUUGCAUAUAUCAGUAUUCUGGAGAAUGGUAAAAACGUGGGCAUCCAGUUCUGUCAAUUGCUGAGGAUAUUGAUCAGGACACUGUUGCAAUCCUUGUGGUUAAGGGUUAGAACUGUAUCAGAGAAUUCUGCUAUAAAGGCUCCUUGUUCUGGAGCUUUCAAGAGUUAAAAACAUGGAUAAUAUUGCUUUUCUGACUGGAGAUGAUAUGAGCUUUAACUUCUAUGUAACUUUUUUUUCCUGGGGGGAGGAUGUUCCUUUUUGUUCUUCUUGCUGCACAGGCUAAAACUGAGCUCAAAGGAGAAGAUAUUUAGAAUUGAAGAUGAUUUGAAUGCAAUGGUCUUAUGGUCGUUACCCCUACAAUACAAGUGGAGGAAGCUAUUGCUGUUGCUGGUGUCUGUACUCUUUUUUUAGGCUGGCAUCUCAAGUUGACUUCAUCAUCGAAUCUAAAGAAUGAUGAGCAGAAGUUUGAGGUUGAAAUUGCAAGGAAGGCCUUCGGUGUAAUCCCUGAAAGGUUCUUGCUAAUGGCAACUUAAUGUUGUUACUGGCAAGUACGAGGACUUAAAUGGCUGCUGGGACUAUUGACCCCACUAAUAAGAAACAAAAUAGGUGGUAACUGGUGAGGCGUUUCUUGGAGCAUUCUGCAUUGGUGGCAAAGACAUUCCUGGCUUGAGUGUUGAGACGUGGUUGUCGACGCCAUAGAGCGUGAACGUACACCUGGUGUCCUUAUAUCUGCCACAGUGCCACCUGCAAACCAAUGGCUAGCUCUGGGGAAGAGAGGGAGGUCGCCGUCAUGGACGUGAUGAGGGCCGUGCGUGUUCGCUCGUUCGCUUGGCAGGCCAUGAGGCCAGGACAAAACCCAACAAGCAUGGUAACUGCUGGUAAGCAUCCAUCAAAAUCCUAUCUAGCUUUUGUGUCACUGUGUGUGUGAGAGAGAGAUGCCUGUUGCAAACAAAACCUGAUCUCAGAAAGUGGAUUCUGAUGAAGAAAAUGGGUAGGAAAAUAAACAGAAGUCUGGUGAUGGUUGUAAAAACCCUAUCCUCCCAUGCCUACUUGCCAAGGGGGGGCAUGGAGUGAUGGACACAGGUCAAGAGGAGUUGUGCAAGUGCAAGGAACAAGGCUGUUUUCUUUGUAAAACGGCUAAAAACUUGCCAUUCUCUAAGCCGUGACCCCUCCUGAGGGCAGGUCUCCUAGGGGAUAGGGCAAGGGAAAUAAGGCCAAGUAUCCAAAGGCCCAUGUCUCUCUAUUUACCAGGAAAUGCUAUAAACCCCCCAUCCAUGCCCCCUAAAAUAAUCGCAGCUCUCCUUUCAGCAACACCAACCACUAUAGUUACAUCAAUUUGCAGCGCAGAACGAUAAAAUUAGCUAGCCAGACAUGGUUAAUAAGUAAUAUAUAAUUUGAAUAUGAUUAUGAUUAUAAUUUUUUAUAAUCUUAAUGAUACCUUUAAUGCAAUUAGCACUUAUUUAGGCCUCGUUCGGCAUGGGGUAUAAGUCAACUUAUGCCUAGGACGGAAAAUAAUAAUAGAUCAGUGCAUGAUUAAUUAACUAUUAAAAAAAUAAAAUAGAUUAAUAUGAUUUUUUAAAACAAGUUUCCUAGAAAAUGAGGGGGCCUUAGUUAACUUAUGGUCAUGGCCAAACGCGGUCUUAGUAACGUAGAAAGAAAAAUGAAGAUAACUAGGUUAAAAUGGCUAGUUUUGUUAUCUUCUAUCAUCAACACGAGAAGACAGAGCAGCUGUCCCUUUUGCCAACCAUUCAAACCCAUUUCAUUUGAUAACUACAAAAUUGACCAACUCUAUUUUUGAACUUAUGCAUAUGCCCCAUAAAAUCCCAAGCAUAUGAUGUGGUCACUAUUCUAGAAGAUACCAACCUUGUGACCUAUCUCGUCUCAUAUGCUGCAAUAUACGAGCUACAUGUUAGAUACCGAGUAUAUUUUUCACAAUACACCAAUUUCCCCGUAUUUUACUCGCUGCACAUGAUAAAAGACCAUAUCACAAAAGCACAAAAGAACAGCGUAAUAUAGCUGCAACUAUCUCUAUUUCUAUGAAUAAAAACAACACCACCAAAUCACAGGGGAAGUCACAACCCCCAGGCCAAACCAAGGAAGGCUUAGGCCAACUCAUCAACACCAAACAGUGUCCACCCCUCUUUGGUCCCCAUAGCAGAUCCCACCCCCAUAAAACUGCCUCUCCAUUGGUUGGCUGCCAUUGGCAUUUGCAAACUCCUCCAGCUCCCCCAAAACCCCAUUUCAUUCCACCCUUUCAAAUCCGCCAUCACCACCUUUUGAGCACACACACAUUGCAGCAGCAGCAGCAGCGGUGGUGUGUAGUGCUAGUACAUACACACAAACACAACUCUACCCUCCAUUGUUUGUAGCUUUGCUUUGCCUUGCCCAAGAAAUCAAAAACAAAACCCAAGAACUGCUUCCUCAAAAGAACCACUCACCUCAUAUAGAGCUUCUUGAGCUUGCUCUUCUCUCUCUCUUGCUUCUCCUCUUGCUGCUUUGGUAGCUGGUGCUUAAAGGAGGAGAGGAGAAGUGGGGAGGCGCAAUGUCGGAGCAGCCAUUGCCGCAGCCUCGGAGCAGCAUGCGGGAGGCGCUGGAGAAGGAGGACAAGGAGAAGGCGGCGGCGGCCAAGGAGAAGGAGAAGGCGGCUGUCCCCAAGAACGGCGGCGGCGGCAAGAACGGCGGGGGUAACGGCGGGGGCAACGGGGGAGCCGGUGCCCAGCCCGGGGAGGAGACCACCAGGGAGAUUCAGGUGGUGAGGGAGGCCUACCGGAGGGAGCCGGCGGCGCCGGCCUACGUCAUGCCGGAGGAGCCGCCGGCCAUGGUGGAGCUCGUCGGGUGGUACCUCUACGGCUUCUGCUCCUACUUCAUCACCCACCUGCUGCUCCCGGUGCUGUUCCCGGCCAUCAUCACCCAGGUCGCCUUCCCCGCCUCCGACUUCACCCCGGACGCCAAGUACAUCGUCAAGGGCGCCACUUGCUCCAUCCACGAGAUGUCCAUGUACCAGAGGCUGACCAAGCAUUCGAUUGCCAUUGAUGGAUCUCGGUUGUCCCCGUUGGGCUGGAGUGGCCUGUCAUGGGCAAUCGGAAUCCUCAUUGCAGCUCCAAUCCUCACCCAGGCUGCACACCACCUUGAUCGUGGCCAGUAUCAGUCGCUCAUCCUCAUUGCUGCGACUUCCUUUGGCUCAUUCUUCUGCCUCCUCACUGGCUUCUUCAAGACAGUCUGGGUGUUCCUCUUCUACAUUCUGUUCAUUGGUUCAUCCAUCAUUGUUGCUGAGGCUGUGCAUACACGUAAUCUUGGACUCAUGAUCCGUGGUCUUGCUGCACAUGACUCUGGCAAGCACCUUGUCCUUCGCCGUCGUGCUGCUGCCAGCCAGCUCACCCUGUAUUGCACUGCCAUUGGUGGCAUUGGGGCAGCACUCAUGGCUGCCUUCAUGUACCACAUGCUUCGGCGCACUGACCAGCUCACAGGCCUUUGGGUCGUUUCCAUCUUCAGUGGCCUUAUCUGGUUCAUUGGCAUCUGUCAUGGUCUCUUCACAAACCGGCCCAGCAGCUCAUCACCCACCACGGCAUUUGAGCCCAACUUCUUCACCAAGCUCAGCUACAGCAUGACCCUUGUGCGUUACCCACAGGCCAUUGGAAGCUUGGUUGCAGUGUUCCUUUCAUCUUUCGCCACAAUGUGCAUCUUCACUAGUGGCACAUUGUAUGCUAUCGGUGGUGUUUGCAUCAAGCCAGUCCUUGUGCUCGUGUUGUGGAUACUCUACUUCCUGUUCCCAUUGAUCUCACUCCCAUUGCUGCACCCAAUCCAGAUCAUCAUCCGUGCUGAUGCUGUUCGCAUGCAGCUGCUUGGGUUCAUCAUCUGCCUAUUUGUGUCCGGUGCUGGAUUCUACUUCAAGAGCCACAGGUGGAGAGCUGCUCACAUCAUUGUGAUCGCUCUCGUCCAGAGCACAGCCAACGGUGUGCUGUACUCGUUUGGUCGCAUUCUGUUGCUCGAUGCCUCACCGCCUGGGAAGGAGGGUGCUUUCGCGGUGUGGUAUGCAUUUGUACGCUGCGUCGGUGCGAUGAUUGGCUUCGCUGCUGCAUCAGCUGGCCCUGGGCGUGCUGGAGGAUCGUUUGCUGCCGCGUUCCUGGGCAGCUUCCUCGGCAUCAUUGUUCUGAUCUUUGGGAAUGUGAGCAACAUCGGGGCGCUGAAGGCUGCAGGUCAUCUCAAGGGAAUGGAAGAUGAGAAGAGGCUGGGCAUGGAGAAAGGGGAAGGCAUGAGUGCGGUCGCCGAUUCUGGCGAGGGAAGGGGGAGGGUAUGAUGAUGAUUAAACGGGGCUGUGGGAUGGAAAGAUUGGAAAUUGCUGUGGAGGUUGUGUUUGUGAGAGGGAUUUGUUCUUCUUUCUUGUUUCUUUCUUGUUCAUGUUUCAGUGACACUGUUAAUUCGGUGCUUUGCCCCCCCUUGGAUGCAUGAUGAUGAUGACAUAGUGGUAGAGGAAGUGUGCUAGUUGUUAAUGUGUUAUUCUUUGCUUGGAAGACAAUUGUAACUGAUGAAAUAUGGUUCUUUGUUCAUCGCCACCGAAAAUCUCUGGCAGUCAUGCUUCGUGGUUGGUUUCUGUUGGAAAAAAUGUGGUUGUGAAAGUGAAAUAAAACCCUUCUAUAUAGUCUUUCUUAGUGCAUUGCGCA